AUGACAAAUAUUGUGUCGAAGGACGCAAAGGAAGACGAUAUGGCAUGCAGCUUGGCAAUUGAAAGAAGCUACAAUCCCUCACGAAACAAGUCUCAGAGCUGGGACGCGGCUAUUGUUGUAUCAGUCAAUAGUCAUUCCUUCAACACUGGCCGACAUUGUUUGGACCGCCAUCGACAAACAGGUCCAGACAUGGUCAAGUCAUUUCUGCCGAGACAACAUUUUCAGGCUGGGUAUGGCAUCUGUUUCAACUACUAG